AUGGCCGAAGAAGGAGGAUUCAGUAGCGUAAUGCGAUUAGUCGCGUGUAGUCGCGGUUCCGCUGGUGCAAGUGCUAACGAAGCGAGAGAUAAUGAGGCCGGCAGUGAAAGUGAGAAUGCGGCAGUUCCAGAACGGCAUAAGAAACCGAAACGCGCUAUGAUAACAGGUGAUUGCAUACACUCGAACAGAGUGGUGACGUUUGCUGUUAUGGGCAUGAUUGGUUGCAUGGUAAACGUAGUAUUUGGAGCAAUGUACACCACAGGCAACGAAUCCUCAACAGAGGGUCUCCUCUAUCCGAUUGAAUCGGAAACGCGUGAAAUGAAGAAACUGGACGGUAUGUGGAACUUUGUGCGCUCGGACAGCAACAAUCCGGCACAGGGCAUCCGUGAGAAGUGGUACAUGGAUGAUUUGGCCCGGCACCGCAAAACGAUCGGUAUGCCCGUGCCGAGCAGCUACAACGAUCUCACGGAGGAUGCAGCCCUUCGCGAUCACGUCGGAACGGUGUGGUACGAUCGCAAGUUUUUCGUCCCGAGGGCAUGGUCGAAGGGAGACGAUCGAGUAUUCAUACGCUUCGGUUCCGUGCAUUACUCUACAACUGUGUGGAUUAACGGUGUGGAGGUUGUUAAACACGAGAUUGGACAUCUUCCUUUCGAAGCGGACGUAACGAACGUUCUCAAGUACGGUGAGGAGAACCGCAUAACCGUGCUGUGUGACAAUGUGCUGCUUCAGGUGACAAUUCCUCAGGGCAAAGUUGAUAAUCAGCCAAUUGACAAUGGCGUGGAGUUGGUCCAAUCGUACACGUUCGAUUUCUUCAACUAUGCGGGAAUUCAUCGCUCCGUUGUGCUAUACACGGUGCCGCGGGUUUACAUAAAAGACGUGGCGGUCCACACCAGCUACGAAGGGGAGCAAGGACGGAUCGACUAUCAGGUCACGAUCAAUACGAACGAGACCGAAAAGCUCCAUCUGACGGUGAAGCUGUACGAUCGCAAUGGAACGCACGUCAGCACGGACGAAUCGGACGCGAAUCUUCAGGGAUCGGUUGCCAUUCCGCAGGUGAAACUCUGGUGGCCGUACCUGAUGGAUCCGGAACCGGGCUAUCUCUACACAAUGGAGAUCUCGCUGGGAACAGCCCAAUCGAACGAGGCACCUACUGAUACCAAGGAGAAACAGGUGCUAGAUGUCUAUCGGAUGAAGGUUGGCGUCCGGACGCUAGAAUGGAACAACAGUACGUUCCUCAUAAACGGAAAGCCCAUUUACUUCAGAGGAUUUGGACGUCACGAGGAUUCUGAUAUCCGUGGCAAGGGAUUAGAUUUAGCGCUACUCACCAAAGAUUUCAACCUGCUCAAAUGGGUCGGGGCCAAUGCGUACCGGACGUCACACUAUCCCUACUCGGAGGAGAGCAUGCAGUUUGCGGACGAGCAUGGCAUCAUGAUCAUCGACGAGUGUCCUAGCGUAGACACUGAGAAUUAUUCGCAGAUACUGCUUGAAAAACAUAAAUCCAGCAUAGAGCAGCUAGUUCAUCGUGACCGCAACCAUCCCAGUGUGGUGAUGUGGUCUAUCGCUAAUGAACCUCGCACUGGCAAUUUAAAAGCGGACGCUUACUUUGCGGCAGUUGCCACAUAUACCAAACAGCUAGAUCCGACACGACCAAUUACAGCCGCCAUUGCCGUUAACGUAAAUGAUGAUGUUGCUGCAAAACAUCUGGACAUCGUUAGCUUUAACCGAUAUAACGCAUGGUACGCUAAUUCGGGCAAACUUAACAUGAUCACCAAUCGCGUCAUUGAGGAAGCAGAGGCUUGGAACAAGAAACACAAUAAGCCGAUCUUAAUGUCCGAGUACGGUGCCGAUACACAGGAAGGGCUUCACACGCUUCCAGCCUACAUCUGGUCGGAGGAUUACCAAACACGCGUGUUCAGUCAGCACUUUAAGGCGUUCGAUGCCCUCCGGAAGAAGAACUUCUUCAUCGGAGAGUUUGUGUGGAACUUUGCAGAUUUCAAAACUGCCCAAACGUACACACGCGUCGGUGGCAAUAAGAAAGGCAUUUUUACCCGUAAUAGGCAACCGAAGGCUGCCGCCUACCUGUUGCGCCAACGGUAUUACGCACUGGGUGAGCUAGGUACGAGUUACCUUCCGGAUGAUCUGUUCCUGUACACAGCACCGGAAAACAAACAUUUGGAAAGCGAGCGUACAGAACUGUAG